GUCUCACUUUUUAAAGGUUGAAAAUCGCAAGAGCACAUUCCAUAUCUUCUCCGAGUAAGAUUUUUGGAAGGGGGUAUUUGUCUAUUGGAUAGUUGAGAUAUUAAGGUGUGUGUAAGCUAUGAUAUGGGAAUGACAUGUUUGACAAUGACCCACUCGCUCAGUAAUCUGUAGCCCCUUGACCCCACUCAUCAGUGAGUGGUCCGAAGCAACUUUUGGUCCGUCACAUUCUUCCGGUUUGACGAGUGGAGACUGUACAGUAACUAGCAGCGAGCCAUAAACCUUUCUGCUUCUGAACCCAAAGCGACGCCGGCACCGGACUUCAGAUCGCGGCGGAGGAUACGCAAGUGCUUCCGACGACCACCCGGAGACUUCCAACGCAUUCACGCACCGCCGUCCGUUUUUUUAUAGUUACUAUGUCACAUUAUUAUCACCAUGGUGUCACAUCAACCCAACUUGUUGGAAUUCUGUAUCAGCGAUGAUGAAUACAAUUCUCAUCUCAGUGAAAAGAAGCAUCUGGGAAAGGGAAAGACAGAGGUGGGCAUAGCAUUAACUGUUUUGCCUUUCCUAUUUAUUGAGUGUGCUAAUGGACGGGGCUAAUGGUUUGGUUCUUCUCUUUCCCUACGUCAUUGGUUCUCAUUGAUUUUUCUUGGCUUGGAAUAAAUAGUUGCAGUUUUGGUCGGAGUUUGUGCAAUUCUGAGAGCUUCUUCCAACUUCUAACAUUUAUGGCUGAAAAAGACCAAGACUUUCUUUCCCACAAAGUGCCAUCAACUUCUCAGGUUGUGGAGGAACUGAAGGAACUAUGGAGAAUGGCUCUGCCAAUAACAGCAAUGAAUUGUUUGGUCUAUGUGAGAGCAGUGGUCUCAGUUCUGUUCUUGGGAAGGCUUGGGAGCCUUGAGUUGGCUGGUGGGGCCCUGUCCAUUGGUUUUACAAACAUCACAGGCUACUCAGUGCUUGUUGGCUUAGCUUCAGGGCUUGAGCCAGUGUGUAGCCAAGCCUACGGCAGCAAGAACGGGGACUUGCUUCUCCUGUCUCUCCACCGCAUGAUCUUCAUAUUAUUGCUUGCUAUUAUACCCAUCAGUCUCCUCUGGGUGAAUCUGGAGCCAAUCAUGCUAUUCAUGCGCCAAGAUAAGGAGAUCACAUCAACAGCUGCAACUUACUGUUUGUAUUCCCUGCCCGACCUUUUAACGAACACUUUGUUGCAGCCACUCAGGGUUUACCUGAGGUCACAAGGGGUGACCAAACCUCAGAUGUGGUGCACUUUUAUCGCUGUGAUCUUCCAUGUGCCCUUGAACAUUGUGCUGGUGGUGGUGAUGGGAAUGGGAGUUCCCGGUGUGGCUGUGGCCUCCGUGCUCACCAACAUGCACAUGUUGGUGCUGAUGAUGGGGUAUUUGUGCAUUUAUGGGGGAAAGUGGGAGUGGAAAUUGAUGGAAGGCGUUUUUGGAGGAGUAGGACCCUUGUUGAAGCUGGCAGUGCCGAGCUGCAUAGGCAUUUGCUUGGAGUGGUGGUGGUAUGAAAUUGUAACUGUUCUUGCUGGGUAUUUGCCCAACCCAAGGCAUGCUGUGGCUGCCACUGGCAUCAUGAUUCAAACUACCAGCCUUAUGUAUACGUUUCCCAUGGCAUUGGCCGGCUGUGUCUCUGCCCGGGUGGGAAAUGAAUUGGGAGCUGGGAAACCGUACAAAGCGAAGUUAGCGGCAAUGGUUGCUUUGGCAUGUGCAGUUGUAAUUGGAUUCGUGAAUGUGAUGUGGACAGUAAUCUUUAGGGAGACAUGGGGAGGCCUCUUCACUAAAGAUGAGAUGCUUAAAUCUCUGGUUGCAUCUGUUCUGCCUAUAAUAGGCUUGUGUGAGCUUGGCAACUGCCCACAAACUACAGGGUGUGGGAUUCUCCGAGGCACUGCCAGACCAGCCGUUGGAGCCCGCAUCAAUCUCGGUUCUUUCUACUUCGUAGGCACCCCUGUGGCGGUAGGCUUGGCAUUCUGGCUCAAAGUUGGGUUCAGCGGGCUUUGGUUCGGUCUGUUGUCAGCGCAGGCGGCCUGCGCGGUUUCCAUCCUCUACGCCGUGCUUUGCUGCACCGAUUGGGAAGGUGAGUCCUUGAAGGCGAAGAAGCUCACUAGCGUGGAAAUGGGGCUGCAGUGCACAAAAGAUGAAGAAACAAAAGGGUUGUUAGUUACAACAUAUUGCAGUGAUAUCCGCAAAUUUGAUGAUGCUCCAUAAGAAGAAAAUGGCUGAAUGCAUUUUUAAAAACCCUCCAUUGUUCUUGUUUGGUUGCUUUUGAGUUUUAAUUCGAAUUUUGCUGUUUGUGCAAGUUGAGCUCAGAUAUAAUGGCGGCCCAUGCAGCUGUUUUAUGUCAUAUCCCUACCUCACCUAUUUUUGUUUAGAUAGAUUUCCCUCAUUUCUGGUGAUUUACUUGUCUCUGUCAAUAUUUUUGGUUACUGGUAAGCAUGAAAAACAUGAAUAGAAACAGUAUUGAAUGUUCUGGUUUUAUUCACCCACUGAACCUUGAGGCUGGCAAAAAGUGUUAGGCAUGGGCGUGUGCAAAAGCAGUAAACGCCUUUGUCCUAUGGAUUUUAAGUUUAAUCUCAUCUAGUGCUUACGUUUUG